AUGCUGAAGGCGCCCAAAGCAGACGAUGCCGCUACCAACGUCGACGCCGGCGACGAUACCGGCGAGGACGACAGCUGGGUUUCGGCUGAUGCUGUGAGUGACAUCUCGGGCCCCGUCAUGUUUGUCCUCCCGAGCGAGCCGCCAACAGCACUGGCUUGCGAUGCCACUGGCAAGGUCUUCGCCCUGCCCAUCGAAAACAUCGUCGACGGAAACCCGUCGAGCGCCGAGCCCCACGACGUGCGUCAGGUUUGGGUUGCCAACCGGAUCGUGGGCACUGAGCACUUUCGCAUCAAGGGCCACCACGGGAAAUACCUCUCCUGCGACAAGAUUGGCCUCCUCACCGCCGCCUCCGACGCUGUCACCCCGCUCGAGUCCUUUACGCUCCUACCCACUGCCGACACGCCAGGCACAUUCCAGAUCCAAACCCUGCGCGACACCUUCCUCUCCAUCCGCGCCCCGCGCUCAGCUAAGCCCAACGCUCCGCCCGAGGUGCGCGGUGACGAAGCCGAAAUCACCUUCAACUCGACACUGCGCGUGCGCAUGCAGGCGCGCUACAAGCCGCGCCUCAAGGCUUCCAAGGAGGAAAAGGCGCGCGAGAAGAUCAGCCGGCGCGAGCUGGAGGAGGCGGCAGGGAGGAGGCUGGAGGAGGACGAGGUGAAGAAGUUGAAGAGGGCGAGAAGGGAGGGGACCUACCACGAGACGCUGUUGGAUAUCAAGGUCAAGAGCAAGCAUGACAAGUUCGGAUAA